AUGGAACUUCAGAUGCAUAUCUUCAUUUCCUUUGUUCUCCUUUCUUGUUUUCUAUCAUCUUCCCUUGCCUACAAAUUCUAUGUAGGCAGAAGAGAUGGGUGGGUCUUGUACCCCUGUAAGAGCUACAGUCAUUGGGCUGAGAGAAACAGGUUCCAAGUCAAUGAUACUCUCGGGACGAACUCUAUGCUGGUUGUGAACAAAGAUGAUUACUACAACUGCAACACAAAGAACCCCAUCAAGAAAUUGGAGGAAGUUGAUUAUGAGUUCCAGUUUGAAAGGUCUGAGCCAUUCUUUUUCGUCACUGGGAAGGACCAAAGUUGUGAGAAAGGACAUAAAUUGAUCGUUAUUGUUUUGGUUGUAAGACACUGGUGA